AUGAUUUUACUACUGUUGUCGCUACUGUCCGCUCAAGUCGCUGGUGAUGAGGCUAUACUACCUGCUGAUGUCGCUUGGGGAAAUUGUCGUCGAUAUAAUGAAAAAGAGCUUUUCCUGCAUCUUAUGGACUUAGUAUGUCCUCUAGAUUAUGACGACAAGUGUGAUGAUCCCAUAUUCGACCCUAUGGGAUUAUUCAAGUACCGCUGCCAAACAGUAUAUCCACGUGACGAUAGGCUGUUUACGGUUGAUACCGUCAACGCUACAACGUUAUUGCGAAUGCUACAGCAUACAGAUACGUUUAAACGGACAUGGUGCAUGAUUACGUAAGU